AUGCCAAUAGAGCAAAAGAACGAAGGAGAAGAAGAAGAGGAAGAAGAAGGUGAUUCUAUCAUGAGUACUGAAUGGGAGAAAUUGCAUGCUCGUUGUGUGGGCAUUGAGAAUAAACCAGACCUAGUAUUGGAACCUGUAAAAGGACAAUUGAGGUUUACUUCUAUUCGAUUGAAUGUUAACCAAAAAUACGUAGCACAGAUGUCGAUUACGUAUCAACUUAUGUGCAUGAGUCCAGAUUUUACUCAAUACUGGACAAUUUAUUGCUACACUAAGUACAAAAAUAAGCAGGCAAAUGAGCCAAUGAAAUUGGUGACAACCCAAAGGUCAUCAACAUGGUUACUGCUUUUACGCAUUUUUAUUUUCCUAAAUGCAAUGGGGUUCUUUAGUCGAAUCUGUUUAUUCGAAAUUAAUGGUGGAUCGGCUCACUUAUUGGAGUCGUAUCCCCUAGUCACGCAACAGUUAUAUUCUGUCAAGAUUUCUUCUUCACCACUUACGCAGUCAGCCUUUAAGUUAGAUAACAAUGUAGGAGGUAUAUCAAUUUAUGAAGGGCGUGUUAACAGCAAAUUCACCGCUGCCACUGGCCAUCCAUGUCAUUCCUUCUCCUCAACAGCAUAG